UAUAAAAUUGUAAGUUGAGAAGAAAAUGAAAGUGUUAAAAUAUAAUCGAUCUAAAAAUAAACAAUUCAUAAAAAGUUGAAAAGGAUAAAACAUUUGUCUUAUUAAUAGAAUGAGUUGUGAACCUUUGAUUUAGAAAGGAUAGGAGUCCCAAAAAUAGGUUUUGCACCUGAAAAAUGCAGUGCUACAUAGCUGGAUUUUCACCUAAAAAGGCGUUGAGCUACUGGUUUUGAUUUGAGGAAGAGGGUGGUUGAUCAAAAACCAAUGUUGUUUUUGUUUUCACUUUUGAGAUUAUGCCACCCUGAAGACUCCCUCUUCAUGGUUGGUUAUUUCUCCCACACAACCACCAACACGAACCAACCAUGCAUAUCUUUUUCUCUGCAUGACACUUACCUUCAAACUUUACCUGCAUUCAUGUCUCUAUCUCAAUGCUUCCUCACUUCUUCAUGCUUCAGCUUUUCUGAUUUCAACAAUAUUACCACCUUAUCUAAACUCAUAUAUAUAAUAUGAUUUUUGUAAACUUUUCUUCUCAAAGUAGACAGGUAAGUCUUCUUGAUAAUAACACCUUUUUCUUUUCUUACCAUCAGAGAAAAAAACUUUCUCAACCAUCAAGUAAUAUGGUCAUCAAAAUUAUAUCAGUGGUUAGAGGGAAGGUUUCUUAUUAUGUGAUCAGUUGACUCACUUUUUUCUUUUCUUUUCUUUGCUUUUCAGAAGGGUUUUAGCUUAUUAUUCCACUGAAUAUUGAAUACAAUCAGCACCAAUAUUUUAAGUGAAAGAUUUUUGGUGUAGAGAUAUCAACAAACUUUAUUUACAUUGAUUAAUGUCGACCAAGGUGAAAGGCUUCCUUAAAGGAUUUAAAUACAUUUCCCAAAUAUUUGACGAGAAAGAAGAACAGUUUCAAAUUGGAUUACCAACUGAUGUAAAACAUGUGGCACAUAUUGGAUCAGAUGAUCCAUCAGCAAAUGCACCAACCUGGAUGACAGAAUUCAAAGGAGGAACUAAAGAAACCUCAUCAGUGAUGAACCCUAAUCCAGAAGGUGAACGCGAGAAAAGUUCGAGAAAUUCGAAGUCCCGCCACCACCUGAUUCCCAAGUCCCGUCACCAAUCCAUGGAGACGGAGAACAACGCGCCUAGACCGAAGAGCACGCGCCGCAGCCAUCGGUCCUCCGACCCCUCCUCAGAGACCACAAACCAAGACUCUUCCACCGGCGGCUCCCGCCACCGGAGACACCGGCGCGGGUCAAACCCAGGCGGUGAAUCGCCAUCCGCCCAGGAUAUGCCGCCGAGAAGCAGCCGGCGGAAAUCGAAGAACUUAGAGGACGGUUCCGUUAAGAAAUCGUCGGCAAGAUCGUCGAAAGGAGACUCUCUGAGUGACAUUUCGAUUUCAGAUUUUGGGUCUGGUUCUGAAAGUGGGCCUCUUGAGCCCAUUAGGGUUUAAAUUGGGCUGAGUGAAAGAGAGAGUAAUAUAAUAUGUGAAGAAAGAGUUUAGGGAGGGAGGGAGAGAGAGAAAAGAGAAGAUUGAUAUGCUGUUUUGCAAAUUGUAAAUUAUUAUUUCAGGUUUUUAUGCAAUUCUUUUAUUGAA